AGUCACAUUCAUUGCUGUUUGAUUUGUCGCAAGAACUUGUCGUCGCAAUGCAAAUAACUGCCCCCUUCAGGGCUCUGGUGAUUGCCCAUUUAUUCUAUUGUGUGGCACCAGCUGGAGAAGCCGACUACACGCUGGACGAUUCAUUUUGGAAUGAAGAAAGUCCUGUUGGUGAAGUUGAACGUCUACUUAAGGAAUACCGUCAGAACCAAGAAUUGGUACGCCGUAUCGGUGGCCAUUAUUAUCAAAUCAUUUACCCGGUGCAGCUAAGACACCACGAGAAAAUGGGCAUUUCAACGCGUGAAGUGAGUCCACCCAAGCCUGGACAACGACCACGUCCUCAUGAUGAUGGUGGCUUUAGUAGAGGAAGAACAAAGAAACACUUUCAUCGAACCUCAUUGUUAAUUAAGGCUUUUAAUCAUAAGUUUCGUUUAGAUCUGGAAUUAAAUUCACAACUUUUAUCGCCGAAUUUAAUACAGAAACACUAUCACUCUAGCGGUUAUUUAGUAGAUGGCAAUCGUCAUGAUAUUGAGCAUUGUUAUUACCAUGGAACGGUUAAGGAUUAUCCAGGAGCCAGUGCAGCCUUUCACACAUGCAAUGGUGUCAGCGGAGUCAUACACAUAGGCAAUGAAACAUUUGUGAUACAUCCCUUCUAUGGAGGUGAUCUAUCGAAGCAUCCUCAUGUUAUCUUUGAGGCACGCACCAAAGCCAACAAGGGCUGCGCGAAUACGGGCAAUCUGGACUCGUGGCGUUUGUCACGACGCACAAAACAUUUGCCAGCUGGUCUUAUCGAUGAGAUAGAUCGAAAUGGUGCUGGUCGCUAUAAACGUGAUGUUCGCGAAGCUACCAAAUACAUAGAAACUGCCAUAAUAGUGGACAAGGCCAUGUUCGAUAAGCGGAAUGGAAGUACAAGGGCCGAAGUAAUACACGAUGCAAUACAAGUUGCCAACAUUGCGGAUUUGUAUUUCCGUACUAUGAAUACCCGCGUAUCAGUGGUUUACAUUGAGACCUGGGGCAAGAAUCAGGCUGUCAUUGAUGGCAGCAAGGACAUUACCAAGGCUAUAUCAAAUUUUAAUGACUACACAUCGAGAAAUCUCUUUCAAGUGGAACGUGAUACAACACAACUUCUAACCGGAGAGACGUUUGCCGGAGGUGAGGCGGGCAUGGCAGUGGCGGACACCGUGUGUACGCCACGUGCUGUGGGCAUCAGCGUUGACAUCAAUGUCUACGAACCACAUUUAUUGGCCGGCACCAUGGCCCACAUGAUUGGCCACAACAUUGGCAUGGGCCACGACGAUGGACGAGAGGAAUGUUUUUGCCGCGAUUGGCACGGUUGCAUAAUGGCUCAAUCGAUUGUCGGCCAAGAGAAUGUCCAGCCUUACAAAUUCUCCGAGUGCAGUAAAAAGGAUUACAUCGAUUCACUGCGUGGGGGGAAUGGCCUGUGUUUGCUGAACAAACCCAACGAGAUCGAAAUGCGUCGCAACUGUGGCAACAAGGUUGUGGAGGAGGACGAGGAGUGCGAUUGUGGUACCUUUGAAGAAUGUGCCUCUGAUCCAUGCUGUGAUGCCAUUACGUGUAAGCUCAAGUCGGAAGCCCAGUGUGCUGGUGGAGCCUGUUGUGACCAGUGUCGUUUACGUCCCAAGGAUCAUAUUUGCCGUGAUUCAAACAACGAAUGUGAUUUGCCAGAGUACUGUGAUGGCGAGGUUGGCGAAUGUCCCAUGGAUGUGUUCAAGAAGAACGGAUCACCCUGUGGCCACUCCAAAUCUGGAGUGUCUGGUUAUUGCUUUCAGGGAAAAUGCCCCACAUUGAAUUUGCAGUGUGAAGCCAUAUGGGGCUAUGGCGGUGUAGCCGCCGAUCGUGAGUGCUUCGAGCAGUUUAAUUCAAAGGGAUCCAUUAAUGGUCACUGCGGUCAAAAUGGCAAGGAUAACUACAUAAAAUGCGAACCAGAAAAUGUGCAGUGCGGAACAUUGCAAUGCAAAGAGGGUGAACGACAGCCUGUCAAUGAUGGUGACCUCUAUUCAAGAACCAUAAUAUCCAUCAAAGGCAAGGAAUAUGAAUGCAAAGCUACAAGCGGCCAAGGAACAGGAGUUGGUGAAACUCCCGACCAUGGGUUGGUCAAGGAUGGCACCCCAUGCGGUGAAAAUUUGAUUUGCCUCAAUCAGACAUGUGUCAGCAUAUUUCCACAUGUCGACCAAACCAAAUGUCCAACCAACAGUCUUGGUCAAGAGUGUAACGAUCGAGGGGUUUGCACCAACACCAACAAAUGCUUCUGCGACAUGGGAUGGGGAGGAUUUGAUUGCAGCCUAAUUGUCUUAUUAACCACACCACUGCCAACGGAAGCCCUGCCAACGCAAGAGAACACAAUCAAAAUGGAGAAGAAGGAGACGCCGUAUGCCUCCACAGAUCAAGAUAGAAUCAGCACAUUAUCCAUGGUCAUCAUAUUAACCGUAAUCGUGAAAUGCGUCUUCAUUAGUUUCGCAACAUUGGCCGUUUGUUACAGGCGCAAGACUACAACCCUUAAAUACGAUCCACCCUAUACCAAGAAGCCAAUGGCCAAAGCAUACGGUGGACCACCAGCCACUGCCCCCAAUCAUCAAUCAGUGGAAGAGAUCUCCCAAGAUGGUUCCAAUAAAUUAAAUGUCUACGAAAAUCAAUCAGGUUUCACACGUGACAAGAGCAUUCACAGUCGCCGUUAUACGGCCGAUGACGAUCACCAGCAUUCAGAAAAAGGUAUUUUGAAGAAACACGGCUAUGGUAUGGUUCACAGCGGUAUGCAUGACGAUGGACAAUCGGAUAAUAUGGAAUUGAUCGCUCAGGACAGCACAAUGGCAUCGACUAGCAAUGCUGCUGUCUCCGAGGUAGAACGCACUCUCAAAUCGCUUAACGGCUAUCAUGAAGAUAUAUUGGAAGCACUACGUAAUGCUGCUUCACAUCGCGGCACUGGCACCGGCAAUACACCCGUCGGCACUGGCAGUCUGAGCGAAGAAAUGAUACGCAAAACACUACAGGAGUGUGCCUCGUCGCAAUUGGGCUACUCCACCGAACCUUACAAACGUUCGGCCAGCUCCAAGAAUAGUUCCCGGGAGAACAUUUGCGACCAGGGUGCUCAGCACACCCUGUUGGAUAUGUCAGGAUCGGGUAUGGGUGGUCCACACGGUGGCGGACCCAUUAUGCAUCACCAUCGAUCCCAGCAUCAGCUGCACCAGCCGCUUGUGCAGCAGCAAUUACCGCCCGACGACGAGGAUGCACCAGCCACGGGGCCAUUGCGUAUACGCAACCUCGAAGACCUCAUACGCCAGCUAGAACACCAUUCGUCGCGCCACAUGAGUCCCAGCGGCUCAGAGGACAUACGGAUUUCGGAAAACGAAGGCGACCGCCUCUAUAGAUUAGAUAGUUCAGCCGCUUGUAGUGAAUCCUCGCAAGGAUCUAAUCAGCAAUUAGCACAAUCGCAAAAAACUGCAACAAUACAUCCGUCUUAUAGCAGUCGUUGUCGACCGCGUGCCGAAGAGGAGUCGAGAUUCUCGUAUGGAAGGUACAGACAUCCCACUACAACCAGUAGACAUCCUUCACAUCAGUCACACUCACCUCAUGCUUUCGGCCAUCAUGCACAUCACUCGCAUGCCCAUGGCCAUGCCACGCACGGCCCGCAUUCAUCGCAUCACUCAUCGCACACGCAUUUGCAUCAGGACGAAGACGGCAUCUAUGAGAGUGCCGAUCCCCACGAUCGUUCGAUGGUAGACCAACGUCUCGAUCCUCGGGAAGUGGCCGACAGUGAGAGUGAUGACUUUAUUCAAGCUCAACAACAGUUAGCCCGAUGGGCGAGUGAGGAUGUGGUAUCCGUCGUGGUAAUGGAGCAGCAACCGUUAGCCGGUACAACAGCGGAUUCCCAACAAUCCAACGGCGGCGGACACACAUCGGGGACGGCAUCAGCGAAUACCGUUAUCCACCACCACCAGCAUCAGCACCAGCACCACGGCGAUCAUCCAUCCUCGGUGGGAGCGGCCAAUACAACCUCAUCGUCAGUCAAUGCCCAUAUGGCAGCGAAUAUGGCAACCGUACCAAAUGGCAUCGUUGUAAGUCAGAGGGACUACUACCCCUCGCCACCCUCCACGGAGACCGAAAGCAGUGGAAGUGUUAUCCAGCCACUCAAUCGUCGCUACACGCUGCAGGGCGAUUCAGCUCAACAGCAGCUGCAAUUGCAUCAGCUACACCAACAGCAGCAUCAGCACCCCUCCCAUCAGCAUCAACCACAGCCGCAGCAACAGCAGCAGCUCACCGGCGACAACACCACCACCACCAGCAGCAGCAACAACAGUCAAACCGGUCAAAUCAUGGAGAAUGGUCGUUAUCCCGAAUAUAAGCACUGAUAGUAUAACACCAUCGCCGCCAAACGCAAAGGCACCAAAGUCACCGCCAACAACCA